AGUGUCAGUCUAGUCGGCUCGGGUGAUCAGAAAAUCAGAAUCCUCAGCUUUUGCUAUCAAUUUGAUUUGCUACUGCAACUAUCUUUUAGUCUUCGUUACUAUUAUUUGUUGUUGAUAUGGGCAAAUCCAAGGAUAAGGAGUCGAAGAAAGGAAAGGUUCAAAUGGUAACUAAAUCCGUGAGGAAAUCACACGCACGGAAGGCGAAGAAAGGCGGUGUCCUGAAAGUCAAGGACGUCGUGAACAAACAGAGAGGUGAAGUGAUUGAGGCUGACGAAGCUCUGAAAGCGGAGAGUAUUGUUGGACUGGGUGAGGAAGAAGGUGGCGAAGUUGAGGUGGAGGACGACGGUCGGGCUUCCGGAAUCGACAUGGCUGCAAAGCAUGAAGCCAUACUGGAUGAGAUCAACGAUCUUAUAGCGGAACAUACCAAAAGUUUUGAUGAAGAUGAAAUGAAGGCUUUCCGUCGUCUCUACGCCAUUGACGUCUUGUGCUCGUUGAUCCCGCCCGGGGCAGAAAAUUUGGCCCUUUUGUUCAAAACGUUGGCCACGGUAAUUGAACGGCUUGAUGCAGCGGCACUGCGUCCAAAUUGAAAUUACUUCAAAACUGGUGCAAAUGGAAAUAUUUAAUUAAGGAAAUUCAUGUAUGCCUUAACUUAAUUUAAUUGUUUCAUGGUUCAGAUCGAAGUUCUAUCAAUCAUUUUUUCUGAUACAGUAAUUGGGUAAUGAUCGAUGAAUUAAUAAAGGUUAAAUUACUAAAUAAUUGAAGAUUAUUGAGUACCUUCCCUGUUAAAUUUCUAGUGCAAUUAGUUAAUUACUUUUUUUCAGCUGUUAAUUUAAGAUGAAUUCCAGUCAAAUUUCUAGUGCAAUGAAUGAAUAAUUUUUUUAAAGCUGUUAAUCGAAGAUUAAUAAUUUACAGAUAAAUCUCAGUAAUCUCAGUAUCAUUAUAUGAUGUUUUUAUUAAUAAAGCAAACAUUCCAAUUACGCUUAUUUAUUCCUCGUAACGUACAAAUAAAGUGAUCUCUUGUUAUGAUGUUAA